AGCCAAAAGCUGAUGAAGAUAGAGAGCAGAAAAAGGAGACCCAACAAAGAUAGAUAGAGAGAGAGAGAGAGAGAGAGAAGAGGAGAGAGAAGAGAAAAGGAGAAGAAAUCCGAACACACACCCAUUUGUGAAAAGUUAAGAUCUUUGAAAGAAUAAAUUUGUGGGGUUGUUGUUUUAUCUCCGGCCUGAAAGUGAAAAAAACCCAUUUCCGGCGAAAUUGGCCAUAAAUUCCGGUGAAUUAUGCUAGACCUCAUCUGGGGUUAGUUUAUACCUUUCACCGGAGAAGAAAAAAGAAAAGCUUUUGUUUUUUUUCUCUCUAUCAAACAAAUGGAUAGGAACAGAGAAGCAAGAAGAAGUGGGGGUAUGGUAGCAGCGGCAGCUACAUCUAAUGGAUUAUCAUCAAGACGUAGACAUAGAACUAAUAGUCUUAGAGAUUCCCCUGAUGAAGAUGGGGGUGUAGAGAUACAAGAAUCUGUAAGGUUAAGGGAAAGAGUGAAGAAAGAUCGAGAUCGUGAACGGGAACGAGAAAGAGAACGGGAAAGAGAACGAGAAAGAGAAAGGGAUAAUAGGGAUAGGGAUAGAGAUAGAGAUAGAAUAAGUCGGAGUAAGAGAAGGAGAGGUGAAAGGUUAAUUGGUGGUGUUGAUGAUAGUUCAGAAGAAAGUGUAAACGAUGAUGAAGAAGAAGAAGAUGAAGAUACUACUACGACAACUACUACUACUACAAACAACGUUGGUGUUUCAGGUAGUAGUAGUACAAGGUUGUUGCCGCCGAAUCCUCCGGUCCCGGUGACGGUGGGGUCCAUUUCAAAUCACCACCAUCAUCAUAAUAACCAUAAUCAUAAUAAUCAUCAUUUACAGCCUCCGAGGAAGAGUUUUCCACCGAAUACUACAAAGGUUUUUAGGACAGCAACAGCAGCAGCAGCAGCAGCUCCUGUUUGGAAACCUGGUGAUGAAAUGAUUGGUGUUUCUGUCCCAAGAAAAGCCCGUUCUGCAUCUACUAAGAGGUCACAUGAUUGGAUUUCUGGGGUCAGCGGUGGUGGUUGUGUUGUUGUUGUUGGUGGUAAUAAUAGUGGCGUUAUUACAGGAGAGCAAAUACAUCAGCAAGUUUCGACAGCAUCGCCGGUGAGACAGAAUAUUCCGGCAACAUCAACACAAUCACCGGCAGCUCCUUUAUCUCCAUCUUCUUCCAAUGUUUCAGUCAGAAAGAAAAUUAAACCUAAUGGACAAAAAAGGCCGCCGGCAAAGUCACCACCAAAAGCUUCUUCAUCCAACAACCCUGAAGAGCUAGAGAUUGAGAUUGCUGAAGUGUUAUACGGGUUGAUGACUCAGUCACAAGGACCAUCCAAGAAAGAAAGUGGAGGAGGACCAAAUGAUACAACAAGAGAAGUCAAUAACAGAUCCAGAGUUUCUUCUCCUGUUUCAAAUUCUAACUCAUCAGCUACUCCUUUAUCUGCUGUUGCUCCAAAGAGGAAAAGACCGAGGCAAGUCUUGGAAAAUCCUGGAGGAUUUGGUGUAAGGAGCAGCCCCAUUUCAUCUUCUAAAGUGGAGAUGGAUCAGACAACAACAGUGAAGAUGGAGGUUUCUUCUCCUAAUUUGGAGAAGACCCCACAAUCUGCUGCUGAAAAUGGUGUAUCUUUAUAUGAUUUAAGUGCUUCUGUACAAAGUUUGCCGGUUGCAUCGGAUCCGGUACCGCAGACGGUGAAGGUGGAAUCUGAGGCCAAGAGGAGGCCUGAGGAAUCUGAAUUUAUGGAGAGUAAGGAGGAGGUGAGGGAAUCUUCUACUUUGGGAGCAGAAAAUAGUAGUAAUCGUGAGGAUGCUGUUGCAGUUACCCAAGUGGUUGUUUCAGAAGUUGAAAGUCAGAGAGAGGAGAAAUUCCAGAUAGAUCUUAUGGCUCCUCCACCACAGUUAAGAUCAUCUCCUGAAAGGGAAGCUGAGAUAGAUUUUGGAUCAGCAGCUGCGGAUAAGAAGCUUAUUUUAGCAGAAAAUAUAGUAGAAAUGAAGCCUUCAGUGAAGGAGAAGGAUAAUGAGAGGAUUGGCAAGGCUGAGAAAGAAGAAGGGAUCAGUGUUGAAGCUGAGGAAAAGAAGACAAAAGCAGCAGCCCUUGAGGAACUUAAUCCUCAUAAGACAAGUGAGGGUAGCAGGAGUAGGAAUAUUGAUCUUCAGCUAGAGUUGGAAAGGCCAGAAAAGGAUAGUGGUGUAAGUAGCAAAUUCCAACAGCAGAGUCAAAAGUUGCAGCAGCAGCAGCCUCCACCUCAAAAAGCUACUAAAGAAGAACCAAUUAUAGAAAAAACUGGUCAAUCAAGCUCUUUACCAAUGCCAAUGUCUAUGGCUAGCUGGCCUGGUGGGCUUCCUCCCAUGGGAUACAUGGCACCUUUACAAGGAGUUGUAGCUAUGGAUGGAACCACAGUUUCCUCUGCUCCAAUCCAGCCGCUGUUCUCUCAACCGCGGCCAAAAAGAUGUGCGACACAUUGUUACAUUGCUAGGAACAUACAUUGCCUUCAGCAAUUCAUGAAGAUGCAUCCUUUCUGGCCACCAGCUGCUGGCUCUGCUCCAUUCUAUGGAGCCAAGACCAAUCUCAAUGUUCUGCCGCCCACAGAUCUAGCUGGGAGAGCAAGUGCUGGGCCAGAUAAGGGUCAGGGGCUUGCCAUUUUCCCUAAUAAUGUUGGUAAAGACAAAGUCCAGCCUGCAAACAUUGCAGAUGCUACUGCUCAGAGAAAGCAGCAAAUAUUACUCCAGCAAGCAUUGCCUCCUGUUGCGCCUAACAAUCUACUGCAUGGGCCUACUUUCAUCUUCCCUAUAAAUCAACAACAGGCAGCGGCAGCUGCUGCUGUGCGACCCGGUCCCACAAAGUCACCUAGCACAACGGGCACUGCAGCCUUGUCUAACACAUCCAAUCCUGCUGCUGGCACUGCUGCUUCAGCGGCAGCUGGUGGAGCUGCUACUGCAAUUAGUUUCAACUACCCAAAUAUGUCUCCUAAUGAAGCUCAGUACUUGGCGAUCUUGCAGAAUAAUGCGUAUGCUUUCCCAAUACCUGCUGUAGGAGCACCUCCAAAUUAUAGAGGAGCUCAUCCGCAGCCUAUGCCAUUGUUCAAUGGGUCUUUCUAUUCUUCCCAGAUGAUUCAUCCAUCCCAGGUUCAGCAACAACAACAACAGCAGCAGCAGCAGCAGCAGCCGCCUACAUCGCAGUCGCAACAAAUGCAACAAGGUCAACAAAACACAAGCAUGUCUAGUGGAUCCUCUUCAUCCCAGAAGCAUUUGCAGAGCCAGCAGCAGAGGUCCCAAGGUAAUGCUGUUAAUGGUGGCAAUUUGCAUAAUUUUCCUGGGUCAAAGAAUCAUCCAUCUCAGUCCCCAGCACAGUCACAAAAUCAGCAUAUUCCUCAACAGACACGCCAUAUUGAAAAUGAGGUGGGUAGUGAAGAUAGCCCAUCAACUACAGAGAGGAAAAGGUCUCAUGGACCGAUGAAUGUGUACAAUCAGAGUUUUGCUAUGCCCAUGCAUCCCUCAAACUUUGGUUUGAUGACUCCUCCAGCUACUUUUGGUAUUGCGUCUUCUGCCGGUGGUGGCAGUAAUCAUCAAACUGAGAAGAAGUCACAGCAACAGCAAGGUUUAAAAACGAGUCUAGAAUCAGUGCCGCCUCAGCCUUUUGCCAUGUCAUUUGCUUCCUUAAAUGGAGCCACUGCUGGUCCUGGUAUUGACAUGUCCAUGGCACAGAAUCAUGCUAUUUUUCAGAGUCUCCCUGAAGCUACGAGGCAAAAUUUACAGAUGGCUGCAGCUGCUGCUCAGGCCGUGCAGCAGAAGAAAAAUUUCAGAAUAUCCGAGGAUGGUAAAUCUGGAUCCAGCGACCAAUCUGGGGCUGAUGCUGAAAGGAAAGGUUUAGCUAUGAAGCAGCCUUCAGGAAAUGCUGGUCAGUCUAUUGCAUUUUCAAGGUCUGAGAUGUCCGAGGCCUCUGGUUCUAAUAUUUCAGCCAACAGUGUUAUUGAUAGCUCAUCAAGGUCCUUAAAUCUUCCAUCUGGUGCUUCAUGGACUGCUCGAGCUGCAAUGCCAAAUGCUAUGGGAGCUGUAAAUGUCCCUAAUGCACAGUUACAAGCUCAAAUUCAGCAUCAGCAGCAGCAGAUGAUUCAGCUUCAUAAGCAACAGCAACAGCAACAGCAGAUGGCUGCGGCUGCUGCUGCUCGGAGUAAGACACCAGCUUCUAGUAAUGGGAAUGCCUACUCUGAUCACUUGACAUCGUCGGCUUCUGCUGCUUCAAAGUUUCCAAAUGCAAUGUCUGCUUUUCCUCAAAACCUUGUACAGACUGGCAACAACAGCAGUCAAGCUCAGUCGCCUCAGUGGAAAAAUUCUACCAGAACAUCUACGUCCCAAGCUCCAUCAUCUUUGUCAUCCACUUCUUCUCUGAAAAACCUUUCUCAGCAGCAGGUUAGAUCCCAGCAAAGCCACACACAAAUAUCUUUUGGCACAAAUCAGAAAUCACCUGCUCCUCCACAGGGACAACAGCCCCCUAAUAAUAACCAGUCUCCCUCUUCCCCCAUGAUGGUUGGCUCUCCUACCACUUCUUCAAUUUCAAAAGGUGCCAGUGGAAGCCCAAGGCAUACAAAUUCUGCUUCUGCAAGCAAUAAAAUCGGCGGCCAAAGCUCAUCAUUGUCAACACAGCAGGGUAAAUCCUCGCCUUCACUUCCCAACCAAAAGUCAUCUCCUGCUGGUGGAAGGAAUGUGCCGUCAAUUCUUGGAAACCCUCAUACUGCUUCAACUUCAGGCAGUGGAACUAAGUCUCAAAUGCAACAACAGCAACAGCAACAGCAACUACAGCAACAGCAGCAGCAUUUACAGAAGAGUAUGCAGCAAGCACAACUGUUCUUCUCAAGUCCAUAUAUGCAAGCUCAACCCCCGCAUUCUACUGGUACAAAUUCUACAGGUCAAGCUACUGGGGGAUAUUAUCUUCAAAGAAGGCGUUCAGACCAGCCGGCUCAACAACCGACUGGUUCAUCAACGGCAUCAUCGUCAAGUGGAAUGUUGACUUUGUGUCCUGUUACUCUAGGUGGUGGCACCACUUCUGAUCCUGCAAAAGCGAUUGCAGCAGCAGCAGCUGCUAGUAAUAUGAAAGGUGGAGUCUUGCCCUCGCAGGGCAUCCUUCAUGCGUCCCAAUAUACAACACCAACAUCUGGAAGUCAACAUCAGCUUUUGCCUGCUGGUUUCUCGUAUGUUCACCCUGUUCCUGCAGCAGUUCAAGUGAAGCCAGCUGAACAGAAACAACCUGCGGGAAAUGACAAUUUGCAUGCGUGCUGGCAGCCUGAGAAGAAAUGAACACUGUACAACUUGAUGGCACAGCUGACCGGGGAGGCACAUCAAUGAAAAGCAGUUGGAAUAUGAAGAACCCGCAGUUUUGAAGGGGCACUAUGCGGGUUUUUGAGGACUGAUCCUCCAUGCAUUUUGCCUGGAAUGCAAGUCAGUCAACAUUUGGAUUAAUGUUGUAUGACGCGCUCCCGUGGUGUAUAAUCUGACUGCUUAGAGGGAGGGUAUCACGAAUGAAAGCGCUGCUCGACCGGUUGGCUUUGAAGAUUAAAGGAUGGUUUGCAGGAUAAUUGAUCAGCUCUUUCCUGCAUGGUUGAUGGAGGAGGUUAGAUUCAGGGGGAAAAAUGGUUUUUGGGUUCCUUUUUCCUUUUUUUUUUGGGGGGGGGGGGGUUGGUGGGGUAAGCAGGUCAGUGAUAAGAACUAAGAAGAGUGAAGGCUUGAAUUGAAUUGCCUUCUGUUUUUUAGUAGGAAUUCUGGUGCUUCAGUAAUUCAUUAUUCUUUUCCUUCUCUUGUCAUUAAAAGUGUUUUCUACUGGCUUGAAGAGCAGUUUCUGGACAGUACCUUUUUGGACAUAUAUAAGUAAGUAAUGCAAGGUGUAUAUGUGUAUGUCUUGGCACAUAUAAAUGGAUGGAUUAUCCCUCAAGAUUUUCUUUUGGUUUCUUUUCCUUUUGCAUUCUUUAAUUAUAUGGCUGAAAAUAGUCUCUGUCAGGACAGAAAGACAGGAGUUCGUGAAUGAUGGUAUCAGUCCUUUGUUUUGGGAAGGGGGCAUUAUUAUGUCAUUGGUUAUGAUAGUUACUCUCUUUUUGCUAAGAUGAAGACUCUUUUGAAUGAA